AUGACAUUUUUAAAAUACUCUGGCAUAAAUCCUAAGAGUAUAAAGCCUAAACUUAUUGGGAAUAAACAUAUUGGAACUCAACCAACAGCUCGAGGAAGACGUGUUACACAAAUUGGAGGUAGACAUAAUUUAACUUCUGGCCGAGUUCCUAAAUGGAAAAUAGUCAAUGAACAUGGAUAUCACCUAAAAUUGACUUCAAGCCAGUUACCAAGAGGUAAUAUAAAAUCUUUUGAUCCUUCAGUUGUUCCCAAAAAAGUUUCAAAAAUGCCUCAUCAGUUGUCUUAUUGUGGGGAUAAAACUAAACCAUUAGGAAUCACUCAUAAUGCAAAGUAA